CCUGAUUUAUCUGGGGAGAAGCAGUAGAAGUGAGGAUAUGACCAGUGGAAGUUCUGGCUUCUCAUUUCAAUGCUGUUAAGAUUUUUCUGGGGAUGAAAGGUCUGGAUGCCCACACCCUCACCUGGGUUAUUCUAGGACUGUGACCAUUUGUCACUCACAGGAAGCUGUGAGUUCCUUAAGGACAGAGGCUGCAGAAUUUCUGGAGCCCCGCGUGGGUGGUAGGAUCCUUUGUCUCACUGGUUGAGUGAUCUAGGAAGAAUGGCACAGGAGGGAAUAUUUCAAACAGCAACCUUGAUGACAGGUGGUUGAAAAGACCUGGUAGAAGUGGGCAGAGGCUGCUGGAGGCCAUAGCAGUGGAACAGGCUUGAUGAAGAAUGAUCAAGAUGCUGUCCUACCAUUGAGCGAACGUUUGAGAAACCCAAAGGCGAAAAGGCGAAAGAAAGGACCCGGAAGUAGGAGGGGGCAACCUCCAAGCACGUGAUGGAACGCUCACCGGUACUGUCACGUGACCCCUAACCUGCUCCUCUACUUUGCGCAGAGUUCAGCUGCUCUUAAAGACUUUAAUCUGUUUUCUUGAAGCUAACUCCGAACACACGCUGACUUUGAGCCCUUUGGGGGACCCGAACUCAAUGUUAUGGGAAGCUCUGCGGGCUCGUGGAGGCGCCUUGAGGAUUCUGAGAGGGAGGAGACCAACUCAGAGCCCCAGGCCCCUCGGUUGGAGAGUCUGAGUGUCCUCUGGAAGAAUGCGGUGGGCUUCUGGAUCUUGGGUCUUUGCAACAAUUUCUCAUACGUGGUGAUGCUGAGCGCUGCCCACGACAUCCUUAAGCAGGAGCAGGCAUCUGGGAACCAGAGUCACGUGGAACCAGGCCCAACACCCAUGCCCCGCAACAGCUCAUCUCGAUUUGAUUGCAACUCAAUUUCCACAGCUGCGGUGCUCCUAGCUGACAUCCUCCCCACCCUCAUCAUUAAACUUCUGGCUCCUCUUGGUCUUCAUUUGCUGCCUUACAGCCCCCGGGUGCUUGUCAGUGGCGCUUGUUCUGCUGGAAGCUUUGUUCUGGUUGCCUUUUCUCAGUCAGUGGGGUUAAGCCUGUGUGGAGUGGUUUUGGCCAGCAUCUCGUCGGGGCUGGGGGAGGUCACCUUCCUCUCAUUGACCGCCUUCUACCCUAGUGCAGUGAUCUCAUGGUGGUCUUCGGGUACUGGGGGUGCAGGGCUUCUUGGAUCCCUAUCUUACCUGGGACUCACCCAGGCUGGCCUCUCCCCACAGCACACCCUGCUUUCUAUGUUGGGAAUCCCUGUUCUGCUGCUAGCCAGCUAUUUCUUCUUGCUCACAUCUCCUGAACCUCUGGACCCUGGAGGGGAAGAUGAGGCCGAGACUGCUGCCCGGCAACCUCUCAUUGGCACAGAGACCCCAGAGGCAAGGCCAGGUGCCAGCUGGGACCUCUCCCUCCAGGAAAGGUGGACGGUGUUCAAGGGCCUCUUGCGAUACAUCGUCCCCCUGGUGCUGGUCUACUUUGCAGAAUAUUUUAUCAACCAGGGACUUUUCGAGCUCCUGUUUUUCCGGAACACAUCCCUAAGUCAUGCUCAGCAGUACCGAUGGUACCAGAUGCUGUACCAGGCUGGUGUGUUUGCCUCCCGCUCUUCUCUCCAAUGUUGCCGAAUCCGGUUCACCUGGGUGCUGGCCCUGCUCCAGUGCCUCAACCUGGCCUUCCUGCUGGCUGACGUGUGCUUGAGCUUCCUGCCGAGCAUCUACCUCAUCUUCAUCAUCAUUCUGUAUGAAGGGCUCCUGGGCGGGGCCGCCUAUGUGAAUACCUUCCACAACAUUGCUCUGGAGACCAGUGACAAGCACCGAGAGUUCGCCAUGGAAGCUGCCUGUAUCUCUGACACCUUAGGGAUCUCCCUGUCAGGGGCCCUGGCCUUGCCUCUGCACGACUUCCUCUGCAACCUCCCUUGACAGGAGGUGCUCAGCACACACUGACCAAGGCCCGUGAGCAGAUCACACAUCUGUGAGCUCUGCCACCAGCUUUCCCUGCGAGACUCCGGAGUGGGAAGAGCUACAGUCCUGCCCUACUUCAGCAGGGAGCCCCCGUUGUUCCCCACUCCCGAGCUGGCCUCGGAGAAUCUUCUCUCACCCUCUGCCCUUCUAAUAAAUGCUUAUUUUACCAGUU